UUUUUGAAUUUUUUAUUUUAUUCUCAUUCUACGUGACUUUACCGAAAGAACCAAAGAAGAUGAAUCCUUGCAGUCACGAAAGCUUUGAAUCGAAACAAUGGUUCGCUUUAAUUUACUUGUUUAACGCUCUAUCAAAUUAAAAAAAACCUGCAAUCUUAUAUUAUGAACCAUUUCUGAAUAACACGCACAAAUAUGUUCAUGGCGGACUUAAAAUCGAUAUUUCAGGGCCUUAAAAUGAAAAAUCUAAAAGCCACCUAUAGACCAAAUUUCAGCUUUCUACCUUGUCGGGAAGUACCCGAGAGGUUAUUGAGACGUACAUCCAGAUUAAGAUCUUUAUAUAUAGUAAUCAAAAUUAUAAUUUACGUUUGUAGAGUUGGGCAUUUCAUCCAUAGAUACCACCAAUGUGCCCUAUAUAUGAAAAUCAGGAAAUAGAAAAUGCAGGGUAAACGGCCAGAACUAGGGGUGGUGGGGGGGAGUAAAGAUUAAUUUACCCACCCACUUACUCACCCGCUCACCAACUCACCCGCUUGCUCACUCAAUUAACUACUCGCUCACUCAGCUCUGCACCCACUCGCUCACCCACACACUCACCAACUCAUCUACUCAUUUACCACCAAUACUCUCACCCACUUGCUCACCUGCCCACUCACCCACUCGCUCAACAACAACUGCAAUUCACCACUUAGUGGAGGUGAUGUCACUAAGGCACUUGUGCCACGUCAUGUGCACUUUAAGGCCAGGUGAAGUGUAACGCUCGCUGGCAGGAGGCCAUGGGACAGAUCCGGGCGCCAUAGGUUGAAUGACUGAGAUGACUGACAGAUAGAUGCACCACCUGUGCCCCCUACUGUGACAACUUGCUGUACUUUAUCUGCCUGUGGCUCUGCUCGUUAUUGUGUCCCUCCUCUGCCCUCAGCUGUUGUUUAAAGGCGACUGCCUCUAACUGCCCAGUAACAGGCUUUAUGAGUCUCCUCCACAGGGGUUGAUUUUGACACCACUGUUAUCAGUCACUGGCAAGUCCACUCAGCUCUAUUGACUCGUGUACCACAAGAGUCAAUCUCUUCUCUAGCCCAUGCCACAGCCGUUUCUCCCCAUCAAUCCGGUCAAACAAAAGCUGUUUGGGCAUGCGGGCUACAUGACCCAGCCAAACGCAACCUUGCCUGCCAGAUCUGCUCACCAAUGGGACUUGUUUCCUGAUUUUUUGAGGAUUUGUGAGCUCUGCACACAAUCCAGCUGGGUUAAAACCAGGAUGGAUCGUAGGCCACUCACGCAUCAACUCAUUUAUCCACUCACUAACCCACAUUCUCACCCAUCCUCACUCUCACCAAUGCAUACACUCUCACGAGCCCAAUCGCUCAACCAGGGUAAAUGGCCAUAAGUAGGCGGAGGGAAAAGGCUCAUUUCAGGAGAUGCUUUUUCAAGACAGACUUAACUAUGUCUCACGACUCUGUCUUACUAAUCAGGGUGGCUGCUACAUUUGACCAGAGUGGUGAACCGAGUUUGCUGUGAUUGAUGACAGCACAGCAGUGGGUUCAGCCUGCUGAACGGCACAUGGGCAAAACCUGCCCUGGAAUUGGGAGAGGAAGUAGAUUGAGCGGUACCUUCCAGUCAGCAUGGGUGCCCUUAUACAAGCAGAGCUCGCCUUCGUGCUCCUUAAGAUGCUUUCCUCGAAGUGAGUACCAAUUGUAUCAGCCCUAAAAGGGGUAAUCAUACCGCAUUGUAUACUACAUGGGGAUGCAUUCCUGGAAUUACUUACCUACGAGCAAUAUAUGAGGGCUUCAUUGGGGUAUCGGUAACAGUGUUCAUAAUAAUUGAUAAACAUUUCGUAAAUAAAAAUGUAUGAAAAUAUCACUUUAUGUACUGUACUCAUGAGUGCGUUUUACUAUACUGCAAGGCAGUGGUGGGAGACAAGGUUGGAGGAGCUGCUGCUGCAUUUUCAAUGUUUUUUUCUUGGAGAAGAGCUCCAAGAACUUCGUAAUCUGAAUCGUUCACACGGAGCAGUGAGACUUGGAGCUGGAAUUACAAGGCACCGAUGCUUUCCAGUGUCCAUACAGCACGAAUGAGAUGGGCAAAUUGAAGAAACACCAGAGAACACGCACGAAAGAGAAGCCCUUCAAGUGCAUGGUGUGUGGGAAGACAUUUACACAGUCAGGAUCUCUUAACAUUCAUCAGAGAAGACACACAGGUGAGAAGCCCUACAAGUGCACUGUGUGUGGGAAGGCAUUUUCACUUUCACGAGAUUGUCAAAUUCACGAGAGAACACACUCUGGCGAGAGGCCAUUCAAGUGCACUGUGUGUGAGAAGACAUUUGCAUGGUUACAAUGUCUUCGUAUUCAUGAGAAAACACAUUCUGGCAAGAAGCCAUUCAAGUGCACUGUGUGUGGGAAGUCAUUUGGGCUUCUACCAAGUCUUAAACAUCAUCAGAAAAUACACUCCGGCAAGAAGCCCUUCAAGUGCACUGUGUGUGAGAAAGCAUUUGGGGUGCCAGCACAUCUUCAAAGACACCUGAAAACACACUCUGGCGAAAAGCCCUUCAAGUGCACUGUGUGUGGGAAGCCAUUUGCACGGUCAGAAGGCCGAACGAGGCAUGAAAAGAUCCACAAUGAGUCGACGGUGAAAUCGAGACGUGGACGUAAAAAGAGUGCUGCAUUGAGCCCAUCUCGCAUGGAACAAGGACCAGAAGACAACCCCAGCUUUGCAACGUCGCUAGCAGUGAAGGUGAAACAUAAAGAAGUGAAGGUGAAAUGUGAAGUGAAGGUGGAAUGUGAAGAGGUGAAGGUGGAAUGUGAAGAGGUGAAGGUGGAAUAUAAAGAAGUGAAGGUCAAAUGUGAAGAUGAAGAUUCAACUCCAGGACCUGACCUCCAGGUGGAUGAAGUCCGCGUGAAGCAGGAGGAUUCAGACUGAGGGAGAACGAGGCUACCACAGGAAAUUUGUGGAUGUGGAGGUAUGAGUAGACUUUUUUGGGGGAGUGGUGGUGUAACGACGGCCGGGUUUGAUUCCUGCUCACGGCUAACACCAGUGACGAUUAUUUGAACCGGUCCUGGGCCUCCCCUAGGUCAACUUGGUCACAAAUGAGUUCCUGGUACGUGUAAACAUCGCCACUGGGAAGACAAAGGUGGUUGGGCAUGAUGCUGGCCACCCAUCUGUCACGUUGCUUAUCCACGGAGGGCUGAUGUUUUGGGUGUAUUGCGUCGAGCUGGUGUUAGACCACUCAGAGAUCUGGCUGUUAGGGAUGUCAGCUUUUAUUUCUACACGAGCUGACACCUUCCACCCCCAAGCAGAGGAGCUAUAUCCUGGUAGCAGGCUACCACAAAGCAAAUCAAACGAAUAAGAAUAAAUCUUGACUUAAGCUUAAGUGACUGCAGGAAUUCAUAUUCUUGGGUCUUUCGGUAGUCAUGUAGUUUCAAAGAAAAUAAAAAAUAACAGAAAACUACGACGUUUCGAUCGCAACGCAAGCGGUCGUUUUCAGGCAAAGGGAGGGUUAGCUUCCAAGGGAAACUGUUUAUAAGGGUUUUAAAUGGUCAUAGCCCAAAUGUCAGCAGCCAAUGGUAAUGUUUGGCAGCGAGCCCGGCGGUGGUUCGUUUUCUCAUCAAGUGUCAAGUUCAAGUUUCAUUUAUUAGGUAUAGCCCUGUGAGCCAUGCGGCUCUUAAGUCGGGUGCAACCGCAACAAACAAAAUUUGAACACAGAACAUCCCAAAGCGACGACGCGCAA